AUGAGAAUUGGUGACGUUUUGCUAGCAGAUGUGACUGAUGACUAUGACAAAAACAUUUCUGAGGAUGAUGACUCGAGUUCGGAUUCUGAUCGCGCCAUUGAUGUUUCUGAAACUGAAUCCGAUGAUACAUCCACUGAUGAAUAUAUCUCACAAGACAAUGACUCUGACACUUCUGUUAGCAGUAGUGAUGAGGACAAUGUUCACCUAACGAAUCAACCUGAAGCAUUGGAAAUAGAUGGUGUUGUGUGGUCGAUGCAACAACUACAGCUCCUGGACGUUUUCGUGCCACUAAUGUAUUGA